CCCGCCACCCCCCUCUACAUUCUCCAGGCCGCAUCUCCGUUCUCCAGCAUUGCCGUAUCCCCCCAACAAGGGGCCCGGCUCCUAGUGCGAGUGCAUCCACCCACAACUUCUCCGCCUUCCCAUCACCGGCGACCCUUCGGUCUUCUCUUCCACCUUCCUUCCACUGCCGGUUGCACGUCCACUCGUUUCGAGCUGUCCCGAGCGACCAUUUCCCACCAGCUACAAGCAUAGUAUAACCAAGUCGAACGCAUUGCUUGCGGAGAAACGACACCGACGACAAACUGCAUCGUCACCGUGGGCCCGUAUUUUUUUCCUAACCCAACGUCGAACAGUUACGCCGCCUGCGCCUUACUGACGCCACGGAGGCCCUCACCAACGCCUUCACAAGCGAACCCGAGAACCCCACCGUACAUGAGCUGCGCGGCGGCUUCAUGAUAGCCUUCUGCCCGUAGCCAGCGUGCACAUGGACCCUGUGCCUCGCCAGCCGCGACCGUUUCAUCUCAGCCGCCGACCCAUGAACUCACCGGCCCGUGUCACGGAUUGUUGAUUUGCGAGGGUUCUCCCGCGACGGACGACGCCAGCCGCGCUGGCUUGCAAGGCCAACAGCAUGCUGUCUGCUGCUUCACUGGCAGUAACGGCGGCGGCCGUUGCCCUUGCUGGCGUGGUCAAUGCCCUGGACCCGACGCCGAUUAGUCUCAUGGCAGGCGACUGGCUGGGCAUAGAUGGCAAUUGGUCAACUGCUCAAUUCUUGCUGGGCUCCAAAUCUGACCUCGUCAAUGUCAUUGUGAGCACGGGGCUUUCAGAAUUCUGGGCCGUCGGCGGUGGGGGAUGUGCCGGAGACGAGCUCACCUGCAGUAACGCACGUGGCGGCCUUUAUAGCCCAACCAAGUCUGCCCACUGGUCCGCCCUUGGUAUAUAUGAGCUAGGUCCCCAGUACUUGGGAAUAAGGGCGAAUGGGCAGUAUGGGUUGGACACCAUCAAUGCCUACAGUCCUGUUAACGAUAUUGGCUUCGGCAUGUCCAACGUAUUGAUGUCCGCCAUCAACACCACCGACCCCUUUCUGGGCAUGUUUGGACUUGGCAUCCAGCAAGCCAGCUUCAACAACCGCACUAUCGCUGAGUCGCCCAUGACACAAGCUGUCAAGUCGUUCGGUUGGAUACCGAGCUACACAUACGGCUUCACUGCUGGCGCCCACUAUCGUGGCACCGUUCUUUCGGCUACGUUGGGAGGAUUUGACAUCAAGAGGUUUGUAUCGCAUGACAAUCGGUUCACGUUGGACCCCAAAGAGGGCAUUCCACGCCCUCUCGUUCGAGGCAUUCAGGUUGCUGUCAACAAUGUUGACGACAAGCCUAAACAUUGGAGUUCCAUGACAGAAAUCCUUUCCGACUGGAGUAGUUCGUUUACGGCCAUCGUUGACAGCUCGACGCCGCACUUGUGGUUGCCGGAGGAAGUCUGCAACCGCUUUGUCCAUGCGUUGAAUAUCACCUACAAUGACACGUACGGCCUUUAUACACUUACAAACGACCAGUACCGCAGCUUCACUUCAAAAGACGCGGUGCAAUUCACAUUUAGCCUCACCAGCUACGACAACCACGACAACUUCGGCCUUCCCCUCCAAGUCCCCGGGGUUGUCAACAUCACGCUCCCUCUGAAAGCUUUCGUCAGCUUGCUCGAGUAUCCAUACCAUUCGCAGAUCAAGUAUGGCGAUCCUGCGGUUCCUUAUUUCAAUCUGAAGAGAACGAAAGGCAAAACCUUUAUCCUUGGACGAUCCUUCUUGCAAGAAGCUUAUCUCAUCACACGAUUCGAUUCGGCAGCUUACUCCAUCCAUCAAGCCCGUUUUCCGGCCGAGGGAGAUGCAGAGCUGCAGGCAGUGAAGCAGCCCAACAACAGCCCGUAUCCCGGACCGCCACCUCCUAAAACUGAAGGACUCAGCACUGGCCAAAUGGUUGGCAUCGCUGUCGGCGUCGUAUUGCUUUGCGUUGUCAUGAUAUCCGCCUUGUGCCUGUAUUGUCGACGACGCAAGCGACUGCGGAAGGCAAAGGCAGCAGAUGAGACUGAAGGCAAGGACUCCGCUUCGACACUUGCCUCAGAUUCGCCGCGAACGCCUGUGUCUAGAAUUUUCUCUAAAAUUGCUCGACGCGCAAAGUCCCGGCGAGUUGCGCGUGGCAACGAGCAAGAUGCCCAAGUGCCCUUCGAAGCCCCCGACUGUCAAAUUUACGAGUUGCCUGCCCCAGUUCCCCCGGUAGAGCUGGAUGGGGGGAGUGAUGAGAGCUCCGACUUUGGCGAAACCGAGCUUGGUACUGACAAUACUGAGAAUCUGAGCGCCUACGAACUUGCGAGGAGGAAGUUGGACAGGCAGUUGCAAGGGCCGGUUCCCGCCUACUCGCCACCAGAUGAUGGCGCCAUGCUAUCGCCAGAAAAAUCGAUCCCGGACUUGCGGCCUGCAGAAAUACACUUUGUAACGGAUCAGCCAUCACCUAUUUCUCCGACUAGGUCCCGAGGCGGAGACUCCAACACUCUACCGGGUUCGGAGCCCUCGCCCGUCUCUCCUCGGGCCGAUUGGAAUGGCUCGGAGCCCCCCUCCCCAGUCACAGCAUCCUUGCCUCCAAGAUCCUCAUCGAAAGGAACCAGGAGCGGGGUAGGAAAGACCGAGUCGGUCACUUCCGGAACUCAUAGAUCUCGUUCGACUAUUUCUACUGUUCCGGCAACGCCGGCGGCAGACAGCCAGCCGAUCCCGUCAACGUCAAUUCAGAGAACACCUAUAGACCCCUCGAGGGUGAUAUGUCUAGGCCCAUUACCGGAAAACAUUCAAGCCCGCCGCUCCCACCCAAUACCGCGGAUCGUCGGCUCGGACGGGCGAAGCAUCCCGCUUUCCAUGUUUAACACAACCUCGAUGCCUUCCGAAGGAAGCUUAGGCAGCAAUUAUACAGAGGAAGAGGAGCGAUAUGUGGAGGAGAUGACCCGUCAGACGGGCCCGUCGCAGGCGAGGCCAUAUCACGCCAGCCAUCAACCAUCAAGAAGAAAUGAAGACCAGCGUACGACACUGCCUUCACACCCGGAGGAGACUGUUCAGGCCAAGAGCACUGCACAUUCCGAUUCGAGUUCGAUACGGCCUCGUCUUGACCCUGGUAGAGACUUGAUCCACGUUCCCCAGAUGGCAGAAAAACGCUACAGCUGGGAACACGACUGAUACCUCCAACUGCGUUCGCCAUGCUGGUGUUUUGGAUAUACCAAGUAUUUGGCCUAUAUAUCCCAUCGACGCCUCCGCUCUCAACUGCACAGACCACAUGUGGUCUACAUUCUUUUUUCGUUUCAUCUUGGCUCGCGUCUGCUUGUUCCUGUUUUUUUCAUCUUGGGAAAUAAAACUAGCGAAGGAGUUCCGGCAUGGCGAGGGAGUGGCACCACUAACAUGGGGAACGUCUAGCACCUGACAUGGCCCCUGGCCAACGCCAUAGCGGCACUGCUUUGCCGCCUUUUUCUUUGGCAGGACUACUGGGAUGUUGAUGAGUUUUUGCAACGCUAUGGAUCCGAGUCAACGGCGUUGGGUGGCAAACUGCUGUCUGGGCGAUAUAUAUCUUAACGAGUCUUAUGAUUUUGGUUAGCGAAGCGGAGGAUGGCCGGGUACGCCUGGGGCCUUGCAGCAGAACAAGACAGUGGGAGGGGACAGAUAGGAACCGUCAUCUUUUGUCCAUAGACUGGCUCAGCCACGUAUUCCUCUCAGUAUAGCGAAUUAAAUACUUAUUCAACC